UUUCCGAUGGAUGGCGGUCAUACAAAGUCAUAAAGAAAAUGAUGAGGAUUAAACGCAAGGAGAAGUUCUUCAAACGAAAUGGUGGACUACUGCUACAACAACAACUAUUUACAAACAUGAAAAAAGUCAAUGUUGAGAACACCAAAUUGUUUAAUUGAAAGGAAUUGGAGAGGGCGACUAAUCGUUUUAGUGCAGAUAGAAUAAUUGGACAUGGUGGACAAGGCACCGUUUACAAAGGUAUGUUGGCUGAUGGAAGAAUUGUUGCAAUAAAAAAGUCUAACGUAAUAGAUGAAGAGAAACUUCAAGAAUUCGUAAAUGAAGUCGAGAUUCUUUCACAAAUUAAUCACGAGAAUGUGGUUAAUCUGCUUGGCUAUUGUUUGGAGACAGAAGUUCCGCUUUUAGUUUAUGAAUUCAUUCCUGACGAAACUCUUGCCCAAUAUCUCAAUGGCCAAAAUGAGGAGUUUCCACCAACAUGGAAUAUGCGUUUACGAAUUGCUAUAGAAGUUGCAGGGGCUGUUUUCUACAUGCAUUCAGCAGCUUCUUCACCCAUUUACCAUCGCAACAUUAAGUCUACAAACAUCCUCUUAGAUGAGAAGUAUAAAGCAAAAGUAGCAGAUUUCGAAAUUUCAAAAUCUGUUGCUAUCAAUCAAACUCAUCUAAGCACAUUAGUACAUGGAACUUUUGGAUAUGUAGACCAUGAGUAUUUUUGGUCAAGCCAGUUUAGAGAUAAGAGUGACGUUUAUAGUUUUUGUGUAAUUCUUGCUGAACUCUUGACCAGAUAA